AUGACUGUCAUCAGUUGGUUAAGGGCCGCGCCUUCUACAUGGACCACAUUCGUUGCGAACAGAGUUUCCAAAAUUCAGCUGGCUACCAUAAACUGCACCUGGAGUCACGUUGCAGGAUACCAAAACCCAGCAGACUACAUUUCACGUGGAACAACUGCCGAGUUCCUAAUUAACAGCGAACAAUGGUGGCAUGGCCCACUAUGGAUAAAAUUCGACAGAAUCGAGUGGCCUCAGCUAGCAAUUAUUCCAUCGCAAGCCAGUAUGAGCGAGGCACGCAAAACACUCACAACGAACGUAACAGGGACAGCAGAAAAUUCAUUCAUCGACACAUACGUUAGCAGAUUUUCUAACUACCAGUGCAUGUUACGAGUAACCGCCUACUGUAAACGAAUUCUACAAAACAGCCGUCCUAAAAUUUCACAUCGACCAAUUUCGCACAUCGUCACAGCUGAGGAAUUGAAUGAAGCAGAAAUUACCUUCAUCAGAUUGGUCCAGCAGCAAACUUUCAACUCGGAAUGGAAGGCUCUCGAAAAACAACAUUCUAUCUCAGCCAGAUCUCGAAUCAAGUGGUUCACUCCGUUUCUCAGUACAGACCGUCUUAUUCGGGUUGGCGGACAAUUGGCUCGUUCACAACAAACGUACGACAACAAGCAUCAAAUCAUCCUACCUUCUUCAUACCAGCUGGUCGUCUUACUCAUUCGACACUAUCACGAAAAACACCUUCACGCUGCCCCACAGUUGCUUCUCGGCCUACUUCGACUUCGCUACUGGAUCACGGGGGCCAGAAACCUGGCUAGAAAAAUUGUCAACAAAUGCACAGUUUGCUUCCGAGCUCGUCCAAAUCGAAUCGAGCAGUUUAUGUCGGAACUUCCAGCCGCACGAGUUACUGCAGCAAGGCCCUUCACAACAACUGGCAUCGAUUACUGGGGACCCAUCUACAUCCAGCCACCGCAUCAACGAUCUGCACCACGAAAGGCUUAUGUUGCAUUAUUUGUUUGCUUCUGCACGAAAGCUGUACAUCUUGAGUUAGUGGCGGACCUGACCACAACGAAAUUUUUGCAAGCUUUUCGACUUUUCGUUUCACGGAGAGGGUUGUGUGCGGAUAUCCAUAGCGACAACGGGCGAAAUUUCAUCGGAGCUGCGAAUGAACUACGUCAAAUGAUACGAAGCAAGGAGCAUCGUGAGCUGAUCGCGCAAAAAUGUGCACAAAACGGCAUUCGCUGGCACUUUAAUCCACCCAAAGCAUCACAUUUCGGGGGCCUGUGGGAGGCCGCUAUCCAGUCAGCACAAAAACACUUUAUCCGUGUACUUGGAGCCCACACUCUUCCCUACGACGAUAUGGAAACGUUGCUUUCUCAAAUCGAAAGCUGCUUAAACUCCAGACCGCUUGUACCUAUGAGCGACGACCCAACGGAUUUUGAGCCGCUAACACCCGGGCACUUUCUCGUUGGAUCUGCUCUGAAAGCUGUACCUAAUGUCGACUACACUACAAUCCCGUUCAGCCGGCUGCGAAAGUGGCAGCAAACACAACACAUGUUUCAGCACAUAUGGAAACGUUGGCAUCGCGAAUAUUUAGCCACACUGCAGCCCCGGUCAAAAUGGUGCAACCCGCCAGUGCAAUUGGCAAGGAAUCAACUGGUAAUCCUUCGAGAUGACAACCUUCCUCCUAUGCAGUGGCCAACAGCCAGGAUUGACUCGUUGCAUCCGGGACCAGACGGAGUAGUUCGAGUCGUGACUGUACAAACACCCACCAGUCGCUACACUCGUCCCGUAGCGAAAAUUUGUUUGCUACCAAUAUCCUCCGCAUCCAAACUGCAAGUGUCAACCAACGAAGACAGCGACACAGAAAAUUAG